UUUAGGGACAUGUGUUUAAUAAGUCACGCUUAACUCUGUAUGUCACUGUUCUUCAUCCUUGUACGCCCAAACCACUUCAAUGAACGUAAUCUGCCUGGUACGGCCACGGACCAGGAACCACUGGUCUAUCUCACCCAGCUCACUCAUUACCUGCGAGCAACAGCUACAGAAUGCUCGAAACAUGAUAGAAAGACACUUCAGUGAUUAAGGGAAGAUCAGUUCUAUGUCAUUGUGAAAAUUUUAAUGAAAUUUAACUUAAUAAACAUUAAUAAGCAAAUCAGAACAACAAAUUUCUCUCAUGGCUCAAGAUCUCCAUCAAGGAAUGGUUGUGAGGAGCGACUACUAUGUGCCCCCGGAGAUGGUGGGUCAGGUGGUGGCAGGGUGGGGGCCGUCCGGGCUGCCUGGAGUCCCGGCCUACACCCAAAAGAGACCUGUCCCUCCACCUCCACCUCCAGAAGUGAGAGAUUCAAGGAGACGCAAGUCCAAGGCAUACUUUGUUUGUACGGUGUCUGAGUGCAAAGAAAAAUUCACUUGUGCAGAAAAUUUAGAAACUCAUAUGAAGCUGCACCAAGUAAUUAAACCAUUCACAUGUAAUAUCUGUGGUAAAGUGUGUCGAACAGAAAGUAGACUUAACAUCCACCAGGCGAGGCAUGCCAACGAUGGGGAGAAUUGCAAGUGUGACAUUUGUGAGCGGAGUUUUUCAAGUCGCAGUGCACUGAAGAAGCACAAGCUGAGAAUACACAGACCUCUACCUCACAAAUGCCCAUACUGUCAUGCUGGCUUUGAGGCACAUCGGUACAUGGCCAUCCACGUCAAGAGAGCCCAUGAGAAGGACCCUCCACCUGAAAAUGAUGAGCCUGUCCUUCCUACACUUCAGGUCAACUUUGAAACAAAUAACUUUUAUGCUCAAAAUGAAGGUGAUGGAAAAAGCUCCUGUAAGGAUAGGUAUGUUAGUAAUGCUGAUGGAAGUGAAGUUGCACAGCCAUCACCAGCAACCAGUUCUCCAUUUGAAAGUCAGAAGGAAACAAAGUUGAGUUCAUGUGAUAUGACCAACACUCAGAGAAAGCCAGAGCUUGUCAGUCCUCCCAUCACUUGUGAAAUGUGCACUUCAACAUUUCCUUCUGUAGCCUAUCUGGAGCAGCACAUGGCUGUUCAUGUCAAUGAAAAAAGUCUCACUUGUCUGCAUUGUGAUAUGAAGUUUACAAAUCAUCAACUUUUGAGUAACCACUUGAAGCUCCAUAACUUUGAGUCUGAACCAGCGUCGGCUUUCCCCUCAAAUUUCGGUCUUGGAAGUUGUACUCAGUAUGUUCCCCUGUCAGGACAACCAACAGUCACCCGAGGCCCUCAGGUGAUUGGCAAAUAUAUCUGUGCACUGUGCAGUGAACAGUUUGUGAAUCUUGGCAGUCUGAAGCGCCAUCAAGCCAAGGGACACAACUCUGUAGAAUUAAGUAUAUGAUACUGAAUAGGGCUGCUGAUGAAGAGAAUAGCAUGCAUAUUUUUUCCUUUUGAUAGUUUCCAAAAUCACAAGUUAUACAUUAGAACACAGGUCUCUCAAGAAAGGUUACAAACUUUUUACAAAGGCUUAUUUAAAGUUAUUGUAUUUGGAUGUGUAUUUGAUAUUGUAUGACUUCAUAUUUAAUCAUGCUCACUUCAUACUACAAGCAUGUGCAGGGCUGGUUUUAAUACAGUUCAACCAAUGGCUCCCGAAUGGACCUUGUACCUAAGGCUGCCCCACUAGGGUAAUCUACUCUAGUCUUGGUGAGUGCACACAACAUUGCAAUGCAACAUGCACCCAACACUGCAUUUCAAGUCAGGUUUUACAGAAAACAGGAACGAUUAUAAUUUUCUUCUGAAUUCUCAAAAAAUCAGUGUUGUUUGUUUAUAUUGUAUAUGUAUUUUAAAGUUUUUAGUGUACUUGAAUUUGAUAGUGAUUAAUUAUUUAUAGAACAGCAUUAUAUAAUAUUUUUGAAAAACUAAAAUUGAUGAAUAUGUAAAUGAGUGCAGUACCUUUUAACUUUAUAACAUAUAAAUUUUAUUUACCAUGAUCAUGUGAUUAAAUUUCCAGCAAAGGUUUUGGAUAUAUGUUGGCACCUUUGGGUGUUGGCAAGCCAGUGCCUUUCUGCUGUCAGUGGACCUACAUGAGGCCAAGUGCCAAUUAAGCUGUGUAGCUGGACCAAUUUAGGUUGAGGAGAGAGUCAUGUCAGCAACAGUUCUGGUCUUGGCCUUGGUUUGGAUGACCUAUAACCUAUAUUAUUAUUAUUAGUUUCAUAUUAAAAUGUACCGUAUCUGUUUGAUCCAUUCACAUACACUUUUUAAGCACACAGGUUGAUUGCUUUCCUUUAUAUUAUAGAAAAAUAUAGUCUGAAAUACUUUAUUUAUAUAUCUGUGAUUCUAUGGACCUUGACUGUGGACUUUAGGUCCCCACCAAAUAUGUUCCCUAUCAGGCCCUGCAACCCUAGCCUGACCCUGACCAUGUGCAUUGUUUGCCUGUCUACAUUUCUGUCAUGAUGUCGGUACCCUGGAGCUACUCUUGUGAAUACUCGUGGAAAAAGUCUCCAUUGGUUCUUGUCUGAACUCUCCGUCCUCGCAUACUUCCCCUUUCAGCUUCUUCAGUUCCCUCCUCCUUGCAAACAGUAAUGCCUCUCUCCCUCCCCUUGCAUUCAUUAUGAACUAGAGCUCGUUAUCAUGACUCUCACCCUCAAGACCAAAUUAUCUUGUUGCAUUGUUUGGCCAUCUUUACUGUUUCACAACUCUUCCUUUCACCCAUACUAGAUGCCCAAAAUACUUUGUACACCUUUUCCUACUCGGUCAUAGUUUCAUAUUCAACUCCCAUCACUAGCGUCUCUCAGCCCAGCAAGCUUUUUGAACCUUCAACCUCUUGACUCAUUUCCUUUGUUGACUUACAUUUGCAAAUGUUGGUUCAGUUAUACUCUCACAAUUCCUAUUACACGUUCAGUAUUGUGCCAUUGCAUAACCUCCUCUAUUUAUACAGAAUUUAAACUCCUUUGUCAUUUCAUAAAAGAGUGAAAAGAGUGUGUUUAUCCAAUUGUUUUAAUAUUGCUUUUUCUGUUUUAAUAGUGUUGGUUAACCAGACAUGUGUGAAAUCAAAGUGACAAUAAUGCAGAAUGAUUCAUGUAAUCAGAUUUUAAUUUUUAUUCAUAGAAUACUUAAAAAUACUAUGUACAUUCAACCUUUAUUAAUUUUUUGAAACCGUAUUAAUUUAACAUCGUACGGUAGUCAGUUUGUAUGUUUUCAUCAACUUUUUCCCCUAACUUUUCCCACACAGAUUCUCAUAAGCAUUUUUAUUUAUAUUCUGUUUGUGUGUAUCUUUCAUUAAACAAUAAACCUGUUUUUUUUUAA